AUGAAACCAACUGUUGUGUUCGUGCCGGGUGCGUGGCUUGUUCCCGAGUUCUACAGACCCUUCUUGGAAGCGGUUCAGGCUGCGGGGUUUCCAACAUAUACAGCUGAGCUCCCGUCUCUGGAUCCAGUUGAUCCGACCGCGACUGAUUGUGCGACGGACGCUGCGAGCAUCCGGCGUCUUGUAUUCUCCUUGGUGGAAGAUGAGGGUCGCGAUGUGGUACUAGUGAUGCAUUCAUACGCGAGUAUGCCGGGAGGUGCCGCUGCCGUAGGACUCUCAAAGUCAGAGAGAGUCCAACAAGAGAAGAAAGGAGGCGUACUGGGAUUAGUGUGCAUGGGUGCAUUUCUGGUCCCCGAAGGCGUCAGCUGUGCUGGGACGCAAGGUGGCAAUCUACCACCGUGGAUCUUAUUAGAUCAGCCAUCUACUGGCCUCAAUAUACCUGAUCAGCCAGAGAAGACCUUCGCUGCAGAUGUCAGUGAGGAGCAAGCGCUAGCGAUAAGCAGUGUGAUCAAGCCGCAUGCCAGCCUCGCCUUUUUCUCAGCCCAGCCUUCCCCUGCAUGGGCUGACCCUGCCUAUACCGGGAGGUUGUCAUAUGUUGUAACCACCGAGGAUUUGGCUGUUCCUAAGGUCUCCCAGUACGGCAUGAUGUCGGGGACAGGUCAGAACUGGCAUGUGCGGGAAAUUGAGAGCAGCCACUGUGCACCGUUCAUCACCAAAGUGGCGGAAAGUGUGGGGAUCUUGCAGGAUUUCAUUCAGACAUUUGAGAGACUGUGA